ACCAAAUUGCAUUAACUGUGAUAUGAAACCAUGAUAACGGGAAAUGUCACGAAACUCUAUAACCCACAUUAAAACAUCUCAUCGUAAAGGCGUCAACACCACAUGAUAUCAGCUGCAUCAUCGAAAGGUAGGCUAAAGAAGUCGUCCGGUGAAGCCAAGCUUCCACAGCGAGUAGCCUACAGGGCUAUACUAUAGAUUACCGCAUAGGUUUGGGGAUAGCCCAGCCCAUUGCAUCCCCUGCUGAUAACUCUGCUGUCCUCUACGUGAGCUGACACGGUAAUUUGUGCAAAUUCCUCGUAUGCCUCUUCAGCCCACUUUGCGUCAUUCUGGCUCUGGAAAUAGGCUAUAGUCUAUUAUACCUGGCAUAAAUUGCGCUGAUGGUUGGCUGAUCCAGAUAUGGGUUUGACACAAAGUUUCAAGACGGAAGGGGCUACCGGCGGCUAUCAUGUUCAUGGGAUUCAAGAGAAUUCACCAGCACAAAUAGCGGGGUUGGAACCUGUUUUUGAUUUUAUUUUAUCAAUUGGGAACACUCGACUGGACAAGGAGAAUGACACACUCAAAGAUCUGCUCAAAGCCAAUGUCGAGAAACCAGUCAAGCUGGAAGUCUAUAAUUCCAAAGCGCUGAGGAUUAGAGAAUUGGAAGUUGUUCCUAGUAACAUGUGGGGUGGCCAAGGCCUUUUAGGUGCCAGCGUCAGAUUUUGCAGUUAUCAAGGCGCCAAUGAGAAUGUCUGGCAUGUCUUGGAUGUGGAACCAAAUUCUCCAGCAGCUCUUGCAGGGUUACAAGCACAUCUCGACUACAUUGUGGGAGCAGACCAGGUGCUGCAAGAUUCUGAAGACUUCUUUUCCAUGAUUGAAUCCUGUGAGGGGAAGCCCCUGAAGCUUCUUGUGUACAACACCAAGAUGGACCAGUGCAGGGAGGUUGUGGUUACCCCCAAUGGUACCUGGGGUGGGGAAGGCAGCCUAGGUUGUGGAAUUGGAUAUGGCUACCUGCAUCGCAUACCAUCACAGUGGCCUGUGUCAGCGCCGCAACCAGUUUUCAAAGACAUAAAUGAGGGAGAUCUCUCUGACAAAAACAAUGAGCCUGCAUCAAAGGAUGCUGUAGACCAGAUUGAACACAUCAAAGGAACUUCAGAGAGCGUGGAAAUCUGUAUCCAGGAUUCCUCACAGUCACCAUCUACUCUUGCAGACACAGAUCAAGGGACUGUGGCCACAGAAUGGUCUGAAAACAGGAACACAUCCUCCUCACCUGCUGGCAUCCGAAGCCCAGGUCAAGGGGUAGGACAUGAGAGCGCUUGUGGUGAAGGACGCGAGGCCGACUCUGUUGUGGAGGCACAAACUAUGAAUGAACCUCUGAAAGAUGCUCAGGGGGGCUUGGGUUUGGCGCCCCCUAGUGAUGACAAGACGAAGGAUACUAUACCGGAGUGUCUGUCUCAAGCCCCACCAUCGGAACGGUCAUCGGCUACAAAUGCACCUCUCCCAAUCAGUCCAUGUUCUGAGGUAUAUGAGGUACCCGCAGUUGAGCAAUGAGCAUGGAAGUUAAGAGAGGAGGCUGGAAAGAAUUUCGAUAAAGAGUGCACACAGAUGUAAAUUAGCUGUAUAGCUAGCUCUGGUACAGGGCUUGAACUGUGCAUGGGCCCUGACAAAUAAUCUAAUAAACGCUUCCUCCCCGCAAUAGGUUUGUUGGCAUAGAACCAUAGAAGGAGAGUAGUGAAACUCUUUGAUGUUGCCGACAAGAGAGUUGUUCUAAAAAAACAGUGCGCAGGAAAGUGGAAUGCAUUUAAAGGGUUAUUGUAUACAGAACAGAUACAGUAUACAGGGUUUAGGCCACUUAUCGAAUAUUGAAUACUUUCACAAUCUAAAAUUGGAAGAAAGAUGUAAUCCUAUUUGUUGUCCCACAGGUACUUAAAUUAAAUUAUGCCUGACUUAAAUAUACUGUAGUACAAAUCUAAACAUGCUCUUGGUUAAAUUAUGUUUCAAAUGGAAAUCCAUUAUUUCAUUAGCCAUGUGCAAUUUCAUGUAUUGACCCGCUUAAUACUGUUAUUGGAAGUGGUUUAUCGGUACAUAGUGUUUUACAGUAGAGUUUAUACCCAUACAGUGUAUAUUGCUUCCACAGAAUAUAAUGCAGUCUAUAAGUGUGGCACAAAGUGCUUAACUAUUGUAUUUAAUAUUUAAAAUACUUGGAAUAUUUUUGCCUUUGCUCUAGAUUGAGCCAAGAUUUACAGUGUAAGUUAUAUUACAUUAUGCUGCGCAGUAUUUCUUUGCACAAUAUAUGUAUGUAUGUAUGUAUGUAUGUACAGUAUGUCAUUGCUAUACAUUUAAGGUGUUAACCUGAUCUGAAGCUUUGCCAUCAACUGUGAAAUGAAGUGUUAUCCAAUCACACAACACUGUCAACUACUGUCCUUUAUAAUGCACCAUAGUAUACAAACACAACAAUUUCUUCUUCAAGUCAUACAGACUUGUUCUGUCCCCUCAUAAUAUCUGUAUAAUCAUUGAUGCCAUUGCUUUGUUUAACCUAUUAAGACCUAGAGCACCCAUUCAAAAGGCUCUCUAAAACCUUAACAUUUUCUGAAAGACUAAAACCUGAAUCAGAAAUACUCCAGCCUUAAAGGGAUAAACCCUUGUAAGGUUUAUCUGGUCUUAAUGGGCUAAAAUAUUCUAGAACCCAAACAACACCUGUUAUCACGUUGUGUGGAAAUAUUACUCUAAUUACUUGAAAAUUAAUAAAUUAUUAAUCUCUGUGUAUUCAUCUUAAACUGUAUACUUCUUUAUAAACAUG